AUGUCAAAAAUAGCUUGCCUUAAAUCUCAAAUAAAAAUUUUUUUUAUUUUUAAGGAAACUUUAUCUGUUGGAUUGUCUGAAGCAAAAAUAUUUUCAUAUUCAAAUGAGACUGGACUUGUUAUAAUUAAUAAAUCUGGACAUUUUUUUGUUGUAAAUUCUGUCACUACCCCAUUACUAUGGAGAAUUUUGAGUGAUUCAAGGAAUUUAGUAACUUGUUGGACAGUAAUUACAAGUUGUAUUAAACCAACACGUGUUUUGCUAUGUUCUAAAAAUAGUUUUUUAAUUGGAGAGCAGGAAACGUGUUCCUUUCAACCUUGCAAUUUUCCAUGGGCUAAAACAGAAGGACAAUACAUAAAAAUGGAAUUGGAUAAUGACCAAUGUCAAUUAUUACUUUUACAUGACUCAAAAAUCAUGCAGUUAAUUGAUGUUGAGGUUGAUGAUUUUCAAUGUCUUAAACAAAUUAAAUUGGAAUUUAAUGGAGAAAUUGGACAAAUAUUUUGGUUUAUUUUUAAAUUUUUAUUCUUUUUUACUUUUAGUUUUUUACAUUGCUAGAGAGAGUAGUGUUGACUUUUUAAACCUUUUAAUUAUUUACACAAAGUUUUGUACCUUAUACCAAUUUUCUC